AUGUUGAGCCUCAGACCAAUCAGAGAGCGGCAGGACGGGCCCGGUACCAAUCAGGGAGCAGGCAACGUAACACGGGGAACCACAACUGGUGGGCGUGGCCGGACCGGGAUCCAAUCAGAAUGCAGAGGGAUGUGCCGGGGACAAAUCAGUGUGAGGGAGGUUGAGCCUGGGACCAAUCAGGGAGCGGGAGGCCGAGCCAGGGACCAAUCCGAAAGCGGGCGGUUGGACCGGGAACCAAUCAGAGAGCGCCACCCGUGGAUGUUCCGUGAUGCUGUUUCUGAUGACCGGCUCCUUGUCAACGGGCAUGAGGUCUUUGUACCACCCCCUGGACAGGUUAAUGAAAUUGGACAACCGUGCUAUAUCAUGGUUAACAUCACUAUACCAGUUUAUACACUAAAAGAGAGGUGUCUGCAAGUGGUGCGGAGCCUGGUGAAGCGAGAGGAUUACAGAAACCUGGAGAUUGUUGGAUCACUUUAUGAUGAACUGGAGGAUCAGCCACAGAUCCUGAAAGAUCUUAAGCGAAUUCAAAGGCAACUUGCUGAAACAGAGGAGACCUUAGCUGACAGGGAGUCUUGAGCUUCUUCCACCUUUUCUUUCAUCUAUCCUCCCCUCCCCUAACUAAUCCCCCCACCCCAAAUUAAGACUUGUAUAUUGUGUAUAGUCAAACUGCAAACAUCCCAGUCUAUAUACAGAGUAGAAUGGACCACAUCAGUUAUUUAAAAUGUGGUGUAUGCCUAGUGGGUUUGUGAUGUAAAGUGUAAACAAGACUUUCUUCUGAUCAUCUAAAUGCUUAGACCUUUACUGUACAAUAAAUUUUCAACUUUUGAUCUUCCUCUUAUAUUUUCAAACAAACACAGAGAAUGUGGAGAAACUCAGCAGGUCUGGCAACAUCUGUGGAAAGAGAAACAAAUUAACACUUAGAGACCAGUAUGACUCUUCUUCAGAAGAGUCGUACCAGACUCAAUGUUAACUCUGUUUCUCUCUCCACAGAAACUGCCAAACCUGAUGAAUUUCUCCAGCAUUUUUGUUUUUAUUUCCGAUUUCACCAAAUCAUGCAAGCAAUGAUUACCUUGCACAGUACCCUUAUCUCCAUGAUAGUUCUGUAAGGGAAUACAGCACAUGUGUUAGUACAAAGCUGGAGUAUUGCUGACAAAAGUGGCAUGCGUCAAGAUUCGUUGUCUUGUACUCAUCAGGGCAGAUGCAAAAUCUUAAAUUUCACAGGGAACAUCAAUGUAUACCUGCACUAGAAACAGGGUCCUGAUUGGUGUUACCUUGACCAAUCAGUUCCCUAGCUAAGCACUCAGCAGCCUAUUCCUUAUGCAGUACAAAUUGUUCCCUUUGGGGUUUGGUGUUCUUGUGAUUUUGACCUAUUGAGUACAGAACAAAAGCUUUGGCAUUGUGUCGGUCUUUUCAGCAAUACCUGAUGUAUUAUUGAUCUGUAUGGACAGUGUGGUCUCAGAUUUGGUCUUCCAUUCGUGUGGCUUUUUAGCCACGCUCAAUAAAUUUCUCAAGAAAUUGCGGGGACACUAGAUAACUAUAUGCUGGAUGUGCAGAUGGAAUGAGGUACAUCAGCUGGAAAAUGAGGUAAUUGGUGGCCAGCACUUACUAUAGCUGCAUGGGACUAUUUAGGCUUGCAGUUAUAUGGGCCUUGCUACUAUUCUAUACUGAAAACAUGAAUGGUCUAACAAAUUUCUGUGGAUUUAUUGAUGACUGUCUGCUAUUUGUGGCUCUAGUUCUGGUUUCCCUUGGGAUCAGCAAUACAGGUCAGGUCCAACAAACCAGUCCUGAAGAAGGGUUCUGACCCGAAAUGUUGACUUUCCUGCUCCUCGGAUGCUGUCUGACCUGCUGUGCUUUUCCAGCUCCAUGUUUUUUGACUCUAGCUUUCAGCAUCUGCAGUCUUUUCUGUCUCCAGGUUCAACAAAUGCUCAGCACAGCCUUAAUACAGCAUCUUUUCAGUAGUAUCUCUCUAGAAAUGAAUAUCAGUGCCUUAUUUUCUUUUAAUGGUUAUUGAUCUGUUCUACAUUACUACAUGUGAUUUGUGAACAGUAUUUGUAACCUAGAUCCCUUUGUUCACCUCUCCCAUUUUCCAAUGAGUAUGUUUCUAACUAGAAUGUACCACGUCAUAUUAAAGUUCAUUCUGCAUACCUCUGGUUAUCUCCUUAUAUGUUGUUGCAGUCUUUUUCUGUUUAGCUCCACUCACUUGCUUAUCAAUUUAGAAAUGUAAUUCCAGAUUCAGGUCCCAAGACCAAAUGUGGACCCAUCAUUGAUUCUGAUACAGCAUUUCCGUUUUUUUUUCUCGUGGCUCCAUAAGGUUUCUUUUCCAUCCGCUACAACAGCUACAGGUAUCCCUUGCCCACCCAAAAUCUUUUGCCAUAAGUAACUGUUGUUCAUAUGGGAGCCCAGACAGUACAGGUGAGAUAUUCAGCUGAAAAUGCCAUCACUGAUCUGUGGUACUGAAGUCAGCAGAAACAUUUUGACUGACACCACCCCUGAGCUUAUCUCUUGCUGAACUAAACUGACAAGGAAACACAGUCUUCAGAACAUGAAGCCAGUGACACCCACGUCUCACAAGUGAAUUUAAAGAAAAACCUGCCAUGAAUUUCUGGCUGAACAUUUUGUGUCAUUUAUUAUCUUUUCUUUAGAUAACUGAUUUCUGUACAGCGAAUCCAUGUGUAUAUUUUGUAUGUAAUAUCUGAAGAUAGUUAUUAAAUGUUUGUUCUACACUCA